AGUUAAUGAAAGAAACCAAAAGUGAAAGUGCUGUGAGGAGGCGGACUACCCUUCAGCUCUACUUUUCAUUUCUUUCCUUGAAGAAAACAACUCAAAACUGCUGAAAAAAACAGAGCAAAAACAGCAUUUUCACUUCUUCUGGAAGGAGCUGAACCGCCUGCCUCAACAUGCCGGACCCAAAGGUUUGUCUGGAGGCUCUGGAGGCUCUCACUGGCUGUCAAAUGCAGCCGACAACCGAAGACACCCAGCCGACACCCCAGCUGACACCCCAGGACUUGGUCAAUAUUGUGGCUCUCAGGGAGUUCUACAAACAGGAGGGAUUUAAAGAACUGGAGUAUGAAAGCAUAGGAACUCUAUCCCUGCAGGAUGACGCAGACAUGUACAGCUCCCCCCCGGCCUUGUGUCAGGCACCUGAAUCCAGCCUGAAGCCCAUCGUCAAAAUAAAUCUCCAGAAAUUCUUCCAUCGAGAGUUUGACUAUGAUUUUACCAAUGUGAAGGAUGGGAAUCAGAAAUUCCUGCGUGGGAAUGAAGUGUACAUCCGUCCCUGUGGUUGGGAUCGCGCUGCCCUGCGAGUUUCACAGCAGUACGAUGGAGGGGACCAGUGGCUCGGAACGGGGAAGGAUGCCUGGCCCGUUUCCUACCACGGACACAACAUGGACGGCUCGCUCGGCAUCAUCUUGACCCGUGACGGGAAUCCUGACGACUCCCCACAGUUCCUGGAAGCCUGCGCCGCGUCCAUGAUCAGAGAGAAGACAAGUGGCAGGGGGGUGUACUCCACGCCUGACAUCCAGCUGGCUGAGCGAUACUGCAAGCUGUUCACGUCUAAGGUGGACGGUAAGCGCUACAAAGUGGUUCUUCAGAACCGAAUCAACCCACAGAGCAGGAAGUCGUGCAACAGGGAUGGUCUGUGGUUGGUGUACAUCCCCGAAAACAGCACUGAAGUCAAGACAAAAGCCAUCGUGCAGGAAUCUCUCCGUCCAUACGGGCUGUUGCUGAAAAAGGCAUGAGUCAAAGUACAAAAGUUCCUGUCGCUCUGGUGCUUCUUAAGCAUUUGAACGAAACAUCUCAUUGUGACCUCUAAAUCCAGAUGUGGUAGUUAGAAGAGGGGAAAAUCUUUAAAGUUGUAAGCAGUCUUCCAACCCUUUCAAGCUUUAGCUUAAAUUCUUUUUAAAUAUUAGCAUCUAUCCACAGAGUGCAGUUCUGCUGAAGAAACUACUAUUACUUGGGGAUGUAGAUUAUGAAAUUUUUCACAUUUACUCAAAAAUGACUGCAAAUAAUUGACAAGUGGAGAUAAACAAGUAAAAAAUGCUAUUAUUUGGUGAUCAGAAGUGAAACUUGAUUACAUUCAUUGUUUCUUUACACUUUAAAUGUUUGCUUUGUAUUAUUUAGAUAAUUUUCUGUUGUUUCAAAAAUGUAUUUUGCACAAAAUCUCGUCUUAAAGAUGAUGAAUCUUUAUUAUUCUCUGGGGUGCCUUUCGGAGUCUCUUUUUUUCAAUCUCUGAACUUGUGUUGACUAGUGUUUAUGUUAUGAAAAUAAAGCGUUAAAUAAAGUAUUUUCCUUUAAAAUAUUAAGUUAUUUUGCCUAACAAACAUGCACAUUCCAUUAAUAAAAGUCUGCUAACAUUGAGAGUACAUAUUUGAAAUAUGUAUUAGCUAUCAGAAAAAUUUCGGAAUAAAAUAACAUCAGUUUUUGAGUUUUAACAUAGUUUGGUUACUUGGCGGCAAUAAUCAAAAAGUAGUUGAAAGACUGUUUUUUUUCAUAUAUAAGUUGUCCUUCGGGUGGCGCUCUUUUAAAAAAUUCACCAAAUUCUUCCAUAUGUUGUACAGGUUAACAACGUGUUGAUUCUCUUCAACCUAAAUU